UCGAGGCCACUUUGUCCCUGCGCUCAGGCCAAGGCCGGACAGGUGGGCUCUGUGCUCACUCCUUUUUUCUCCAGAGGAUCUCCCCAGGAGGAGAUGUUGGCUCUCCCUGGACCCAGAAAACGGAAAGCUGACGGCCCACGGGCCUCUCAAAAGGACCCCCAGGGAUGAGGGUCUUCCUUGUGUGUGUGGGCGGGGCAAGGGGAGACUCUUCGUGAUCAGAGGGUCUGGUCCCUAGUCCCUGGACACCCACACGGCCAAGGUCUCCCAGGACCGUGCGGGUUCCCUCCAUCCCCCACCGGGGGCCGACCGGGGCGCGGGGGUGGGGGAGGGAGACACAGGGAGGCCCGACUUCCAGUCAUCCCCCCGCCCCCUCCUCGCUGGGACCCUAGGGCCCGCGCACAGCUGCCCUGACUCCGACUCCAUGCGCUCUGAGUGGAAGAAAGACCAACCCCAAACAAAGCCGGGCGCCAGCGGCGGGAGAAGUAGCCCGGGCCUCGGAGGGGCCGGGGGUGGGCGCUCGGGAGGCGGGGCGCGGCCGCAGGAAGUGCUGAGCGGGGCUGAGCGCGGCUGUGGUCCCGACCCGCCGGCCCUGCAAGCCCCCACCCGGCGCCGGCGGCCCUCGCUGCGGAGCCCGCGGCCGGUGACUUCUUCCUGGUCCCCUUGGAUAGGGUCUCCUGUCACAGCCAUCGAAGUGCCAUCCUCUCGUGGGCAGGUGGGCUCAGGCUCAGCAGCCAUGGCCCAUUACAAGGCCGAGCAGGACGACUGGCUGACCGUCUACCUGAAGUACUUACUCUUUGUCUUCAACUUCUUCUUCUGGGUGGGGGGCGCUGCGGUCAUGGCCGUGGGCGUCUGGACCCUGGUGGAGAAGAGCGGCUACCUCAGCGUCCUGGCCUCCAGUACCUUCGCCACGUCCGCCUACAUCCUCAUCUUCGCGGGCGCCCUCGUCAUGGUGACUGGCUUCCUGGGCUUUGGCGCCAUCAUCCGUGAGGACAGGAGCUGCCUCUCCACGUAUUUCUGCCUGUUGCUGGUGAUCUUCCUCGUUGAGCUGGUGGCGGGGGUCCUGGCCCACAUGUACUACCAGAGGCUGAGCGACGAGCUGAAGCUGCACUUGACCCGGACCCUGGCUGAGAACUACAGGCAGCCCGGCGCCGCGGAGAUCACAGCCUCCGUAGACCGUCUCCAGCAGGAUUUCAAGUGCUGCGGGAGCAACAGCUCGGCCGACUGGCAGCACAGCACGUACAUCCUGUCUCCCGAGGCUGAGGGCCGCCGGGUGCCCGACAGCUGCUGCAAGACGGUGGUGGCACGCUGUGGCCAGCGGGUGCACCCCUCCAACAUCUACAAGGUGGAGGGCGGCUGCAUCACCAAGCUGGAGCAGUUCCUGGCUGACCACCUGCUGCUCAUGGGGGCGGUGGGCAUCGGGGUGGCCUGCCUGCAGAACACGUCAAGGAAAAUACCUGGGGCCUGGGGGCCACCUUGAGCUUGUAAGGACAGAGCCCUGGGAGGAGUGAGAGUGUGGGCUCAGAUCUGCGGCAUGAUUCUCACCUGCUGCUUGCACCGGAGGCUCCAGCUGCACUUUUACUAAUGGCCAGCCACGACGGCCCCUCAAAAGUUCAGGUGCCCAAAUCCCACUGGCCAGUCCUGAGGGAUCAGCAUCAGCCUAGAAACUCCCCCCACUCUGUUCCCAGCCCCUUCGGACCCACCAAGUGCCUAGACCACGGCCCCUGCAGCUCCCACCCAGGCCAGGGACCCUUGGUCCCCUCCCUCCAAUUCUGAGUGAUCCCUAGGGAGGGGACGGAUCCUGCCCUGAGACCCUAGCCCCAGGCCUGAGGCUGGGAAUCGGGGCUGCCCCUACCAGCUCCAGAACCUAGAACAAAGCGCUGGAAACUUUGACCCCUUGGCCAGGGACCCCCGCCCCCAACCGGCGCUAAGCAUCCGUCCUCAUGCCUCUGCGGCUGUGCUCCUCCCACCCGGGAAACGCAUGGUGGGCAGUUAGAGUUGGCUCCAUCCCCAGAAGACACAACCCUUUCCCCAGCCCACACCUUCUCAGCUGGAGGAGGGAUGGCCAGGUUCCUUCCUGCAGGGCCUGGGAGGUGAGGCAGCUAGGAGCGCUUGGGCGGGGGCGAGGGGGGUGGAGCCCCCAGGGCAGGGCGCAGGUGCCCCCCACAGAGGUCCCCUGGGAGACUAUGGCCCCAAGCCCUGUCUCCCGCCAUCUGCCCCUCAAGGUCUCUGUCUGGCCUGAUGCUCAGGAAGGCCAGGUGUUUGAAACCAUCAUCAACUCUUCAUGGGGGUGAGAGCAAAACCCUUCCUGAUGAAACCAGAUCCCAGACCUGCAAAGCUGACGCUGCUGAGAAGGUGCAGCCCUGAGCGGAAGGGUGCUCUGCCCUGAACCUCCCUUUUUGUGGGCCCACACUCCUGGACCGCUGGGCCACCACCAAACAGCCCGCCAGGGCCCCGCUCUGCUUCCCAGACUGAAUAUAGCCCCUUCCUCAGCUUCUCUCUUGCAUCUCUGAAUUGACAUUUUCAGGAAGGAUUUUCUCAAAUAUUGAGGGAGAGCAGAAAGAAAGCCCUGCUAGAAGAGUUCUCUUGUGGCUCAGUGGGUUAAGGUCCAGCAUUGUCGUGCUAUGGCUCAGGUCCCUGCUGUGGCAUGGGUUCGAUCCCUGGCCCAGGAACUUCCACAUGCCUCCGGCACGGCCAAAAUAAAAGCCCCCUAAUAGAUACCGAGCAUGAUGCUGGCAGUUGUCAAACAACACGUGUCGACUCAUAAGACAGCUACGGGGCCUCUCUACAGGACCCUUACAAGUGGGCAGAGAGCCCCAUGCCAGCCUCCCAUCUCCCCAGGCUGGGAUUCCCAUCUUUCUACUUCCCACCCUUAUGAUGCUGAUGCUGGCCUCGUUUCUUGACCCAGGCCAGUCCAAGGUGGUGAGUGUUUUCGUCUCCGUUCACCGUCACCGCCAUCCCCAGCACAGUCCCAGCUGUACCGAGACCACGCACCCUCAGAACAGGGGUGACUCAGGCACGGAGGGAGGACCAGGCCCCCUGGGCCAUUGCCUCCCUGUCUUGCAAUUCUCAGGGGGCUGUUGGAGAGGGCCCUGGGGUCACUGGUGUGAAGGUUGGGCUAAACCAUCCCCUGGCCCCAGAGCCCUGCACACCUGUUGGAGGGGCUCAGGCAGCAGGUAGGAGUCAGGGGACUAUUGAGGAUAAUGAAGGGGAGCUGCCAGAGACAGCUUGGUUCUGAGAACCCGGUUCGGUGAUGUGAGGUGUUGUCAUUCCUUGUGUGAGCGUAAGGAGACACUAUGGUCCAUCUCCACGGCUGUCGUUAAACUCAGCAAAAACGAGCUGGUUAAAUCAAUACCCUCCCAGUCUUUGCCUGCUGAUGCCUUAAGAAGGAACCGUUGCAAUGUCAAUAUUUUUGUGUCCAAAAUGCCAUUCAUUUAAUCCGA